AAGAUUACACACAUUGAACAACUAGACUGUACAAAAAUAAAUAUAUACAGAGGCUGUCAUCAGCAUUAAUGUAUGUUGUCUUUAAAAAUUAGAAGUAAUCUGUAAUAUAAUGAGUAUUCUAUGAUCUGACUUAACACGGAGGACUCCUUCACAGUUGACUUGAUCGGAAAUAAAGCCACUGCCAUUGCUGCGAGCUGUGCUGCAAAGCUUUCAAUCUCUCAUAGCUAAUCAUCACUCAUUACUCAUUACAGAGAGACUUAUUGAUAACAGUGAGAGAUGGCUUCCGUCGUAUUAGCUUCUCUCAAGGCAACAAUGGAGUUCGAGAUUCAGCAGCCCAGCCCCCGGGUGCUCCCCGAUGACCUAAAACAGAUGAGAUCUCUCAUUCAACAUCUCUCUACCUUGCAAGCCUUCAUGAAGAAAUUCCACAUCAAAGCCUUCGAGGAUGCCGAAAUCAAAAGCGUGGAGAACCAAAUCAAAGACGUUUCUCUUAAAGCAGAAGACGAGAUUGAUAUUCAACUCAGAAACAUUCUCCUGGCGGAAAACGCAAAGCGGAAAGAAGACGCUCGCAGAGAGAUCCAUGGGAGCCUGGAAGAAAUCAGAAAAAACAUAGACGAAUUGUUGGAGACCGUGAAGCAGCACGAUGGCUCGUUAGGUGAUUCCUCGCAAUUUCCUCCCGAUGAGGACACCGUCCCUCUCACGCCGCGCAAGGAAGAAAUGGUGGGAAACCGCGAGGAGUUGAAGCAGAUACUUGAUCAACUCAAAUGCAAGAAUGAAGAACGACAAAUUAUCUCAAUUUCUGGAAUGGGAGGCAUCGGCAAGACGACUUUAGCAAGAACAAUCUAUGAUGAUCCAGUUACAAAUCAUUUUGAUGUUCGCGCUUGGACUACGAUGUCACAACAAUAUGAGGGGAAACAAACUCUCAUUGCCCUUCUUCGAUGCAUUACGACCUUGACCCCCGAAGAAAUUAAGACCUCAACCAAGGAAGAUUUAAAAGAUCGAUUACAAAAGCUGUUGAAGGGAAGAAGGUAUCUAAUUGUUGUGGAUGAUGUAUGGAGUCAUGAAGCUUGGGAUGAUAUCAAACUUUGUUUUCCGACUGAUACUAAGGGGAGCAUCUUAUUAUUGACUACUCGAGACAAAAAGGUGGCUCGGGAUACUCAUUCAGGUAAGACACCUUAUGGCUUGAAACUUUUAAAUAAAGAGGAUAGUUGGUUUCUAUUUUCUAGAAACCUUGAUUUUGAAACACGCUUUCCAAAAUCACUGGGUUAUGAGGGCGUUGGUAAGGAAAUCGCUAAACAAUGCAAAGGAUUACCCCUUUCCAUAGUUGUAGUUGCGGGGAUUCUGAUCAGUAAAGUAUCAUUGGGUGAAUGGGAGAAUAUUCAAAAAGAAUUAGCAUUGAUAUUAACAGUUGAUGAACAAUGUACAAAAAUUCCAGCUUUGAGUUACAAACACUUGCCUUCACAUUUGAAACCUUGUUUUCUACAUUUGGGAGUCUUUCCAGAAGACAGUGAGAUGCCUGUCAAAAAGCUUGUUAGGUUGUGGAUUGCCGAGGGGUUUGUGAAAGUAGUCAAUGGCAAGGCAUUGAAAGACAUGAAAAAAGUAUUGGAUGACAUAGAGAAGAAAUUAAAAUACAUGGAGAAGACAGCAGUGGAAGACAUGGACAGGACAUUGGUAAUGGACAAGGCAUUGCAAGGUGUGGACAAGUCAUUGGAAGACAUGGACAACACAUUGAAAGAUAUGGGCAGGGCAUUAGAAGACACAGCUCUCGAGUACUUACAAGCUCUUAUUAGUAAAAGCUUGGUUCUCAUUCGCAAUCAGAGCUCUAAUGGUGAAGUCAAGACAUGCAGAAUGCAUGAUCUAUUGCAUGACUUUUGUGUGAACAAAGGUGAAGAGGAGAACCUUUUGUAUGCUGGUAGCAUGAGAAGAUUUAGAACAGUGAAGAAUUCAAAUGAUGAUGGAAGUACAAGCAAUGAUGAUGGAAGUAAAAGCAAUGAUGGUGGAAGUAAAAUCAAUGAUGAUGAUGGAAGUAAAAGCAAUGAUGGUGGAAGUACAAGCAACGGUGAAAGUGUAAAGCACAAGGGAUUUCGUUGGUUAACUUUUUGGCCAAAUUAUGGAAAUGUUUAUAUUUGCUAUAAUUUGGACAAAUCUCGCUCCCUAUCUUUUCUGCAUAGAGAUGCUAUUCCAACACUUAUUGGCCAGUGUUUACCGUCUAACUUGUUAAGAGUGUUGGAUUUGAUUGAAUUACCUCCAUUAUCUAAUGAAAUUUUCAUGAGUUUGAGGGAUCUAGUUCUUCUGAGGUACAUGGAUAUAGCCUUGGAUGACUGUCUAAGUUCUGAAGAGCUGGUGGAUAUAGUUUCUAGGACUCAAAAUUUGCAAACACUUAUUAUUUCUCAGAAUGGAACGGGCUUCAGUGAUAUGUGUUUGCCAUCUAACCUUUUGGAGUCACCACAGCUAAGGCAUGUUGAGGUUAGCUAUGCUCUUUCAUUGGAUCCUCCAAGUGAGGUCAAAGAGGCCUUGCACACAUUGUACUGGUUGAGUCUAGACCAUUGUACCGAAGAAGUGUUUUCAAGGAUUCCAAAUGUAAAAAAGUUGGGGAUUAUUUGUGGAUCUAAGCCAAGUCCAGAGGCCAUAGAGCCUGCUAACCUUGAGAAUCUUGGAAGUUUGGAUAAGCUGGAGACAUUAAUGAUUGCAUUCCGGAAAGGCUCACCAACAGGCCUUCAGAAUCUGGAGUCUUUGCCACUAAACCUCAACAUCAAGAAAUUGAAACUGAAGAGAACUUGUUUGCCAUGGAGUGAAAUAAACGUAAUUGGCAUGUUGCCCAAUCUUGAAGUACUGAAACUGAAACAAGUGUCUGAUGGUCCAGAUUGGGAACCCACAGAGGGAAACUUCCGUAAGCUAAAAUUCUUGUACCUUGAAGCUGAAAACCUUGAAAGUUGGGAAGUUGAUGGAGGGGAUCAGUUUCGUUGCCUUACGCGCCUAGUCCUUAAAAAGUGUACAAAAUUGGAAGGUAUUCCAACUGGCUUUGAAGAUGUAAACACACUGGCGUCAAUUGAGUUACUAAAUUGCCCCGUCCCUGUUAAGGAAUCUGCCCAAAAACUUAAUGAGCACCGGGAGGAUUAUGGAAUCGAACCCAUCAUUAUUCGCCAUGUGGACCAAAUACAAGAAGUUGAUGAUGUUGAGGAUGAUGAUGAUGAUUCUUCUGAAUAAACGAAUUGAAUGGAUGUUUGAAGUGUAUUCUUUCCACAGCGUUAGCAGGGAUUUGCAGUAGUGUGCCCAAUUCAUAGGAGUCUGCUUAUGGUGAUUCAUACAUUUUGAACUUUGCUUUAUAGUUAUCAUUGAAAUACUGAAUUCAUAAAGCUUUACUUUGUGUUGAUUAGAAUGAUGAUUGUGUUGUGUAUAAUGGUGUAAACUAUAUAUUGAGUUUAUUUUAUAAGAAUGUUUUGUAUGAACUUCAUAAUUUCUCCCUGUUAGAGCAAGUCCUUGUCUUAGCCUUCCAUACUUUAAUGUUUAAAACCUUUUC